GAUAUGCUCCAUAUUUUCUUUUCUGUGUUUCCUUACUAGAGUCAGCCCUGUAGCCAUAGCCUUUUAGCCUAGAUGUUUAGACUCCCCUGACAAACCCUGUAAUCCUUUACAGCACACACGCACAGUCAGACACACUCCUCAUGUCUCUUUGACAGUUGCGGUGUGGUGCGGGUUAAGCAGCGGGGUUGAAAGAGCUAAACUGUGUAUGGCUACAUGUUUGACUGUUGGCUUGCAGCUUUAGCUAACGGCUAAAUCCAUAGAGACUUCUUUUUUCAUGAGCUUUUCCCCCCUUCUUUGUUUCUACUCAUUGUCUGUUUGUUUGACCUCUUGAAGCCCAAAGAGAAAAAAAGAGACUUGAGUUAAAUUAGCAAAAGCUCUUCACAGGAUUACAAUUUUUCUUUUUUUUUUCUUUUUCAUCAAAAGAAAAAAGAAAACCUCAAAAGGACAAUUUGUUUUUGGCAGGCACUUCCAGUACCUAUUAGCCUUACUAAACAACAAAAACUUUUCAUCUCAUCAGUACUUGCUGGCUCGGACCUGUCUGGUCGCCAUGAUGUGGGAGUUCCGUUCCAUGAUGUUCUGGCGAGCGGUGUUCGCCGAGUUUUUUGGCACCAUGUUUUUCGUGUUCUUCGGCAUGGGUGCUGCGCUGCGUUGGACCUCCGGCCCGUACCAUGUGUUCCACACCGCCAUCUGUUUCGGCUUCGCUGCCGCCACGCUCAUCCAGUCCAUUGGCCACAUCAGCGGCGGACACAUCAACCCUGCUGUCACCUUCGCUUAUCUGGUGGGCUCCCAGCUUUCUCUGUUCCGUGCUGUGUUCUACAUCUGCGCCCAAUGCCUGGGCGCCAUGGCAGGUGCUGCCGCUCUCUAUGGAGUCACCCCUAACAACAUGAGAGGCAUGCUGGCUCUGAACACACUGCAGCCUGGCAUCAGCCUGGGCAUGGCCACAACAGUGGAGGUGUUCCUAACCCUGCAGCUGGUGGUCUGCAUCUUUGCAGUGACCGACGAGAGGAGAAACGGACGUGUAGGCUCAGCUGCUCUCUCCAUCGGCUUCUCUAUCACUAUGGGCCACCUGAUGGGGAUGUAUUACACUGGGGCUGGCAUGAAUCCUGCUAGGUCCUUUGCCCCUGCUGUUCUCAUGAGGAAUUUCAUCAACCACUGGGUGUACUGGGUGGGGCCCAUGAUUGGUGGUGCUAUGGGAGCUAUUCUUUAUGAUUUUAUGCUGUUCCCGCGUAUACGGGGGCUUUCCGAGAGGCUAGCUACUCUCAAGGGCAGCCGACCCCCAGAGGCCGAGAACCAGCAGGAGACACGUGGAGAGCCCAUUGAGCUCAAGACUCAAGCACUAUAAACCUGCGCCAACCUGCAGACCGCAACCCAACUGUGCCCCCCAAGAGCCUCCAUCGCUCAGACUCAAUCAUCAGCCCAUAUACACUAAUUGUGCUUUUGAUAAAAUCUAUUAACUCUGUCUUAAAUGGAUGAAUUAAAGGUCUGACUGGAAAUGCAGAAAGGGACAUAUACUGAAAUAGCUAAAGUAUGCUAAUAUUGGUUAAUAUUAGCAAAUAUUAGCUGAUGCUAAUCUUCUGGUACAAACACACCAAAAUCUACAUUUCUUUAUUUCUUGAGUUGCAGGGCAAAUGGGUCAGCCAUGGCAAGGGUCUGGAUAGCCAAGGGUAAAGUCAGCAUGAUGUGGAAGCGAUUUAAAAAAACCAAAAAAAAAAAACCAAAACAGGUAGAGUUAUGGGGGAUAAGGGCCAGAAUGGGUUGGGUAUUAAAGGGGACAGCCUCCAGUCUCUCUACCCUUAUAGGGAUAAGCUAGAACAGUUUACUUAGGCAUGCUUUUCACUUUUCAUCUGAUUAUAGCUUAUUUUCAAUUUUAUUUUCUACAACACAGGAUGUGGAUGUAUGCUACUUAACCAGGAUUUCAUUCUUCAAUACAUUUUUUUUUUUUCAUUUUAUUUCUGUGUGUGAAUGUGGGAGUGCGGGUGUGAGAGUUCAUGUUGGGGCUGCAAGCAAGUGGGGCCGAGUAUGAGCAUGUGUGGGUGAGUGCAUUUGGGAGAAUUUGUGCCGGUAUGUUGGUUUGUAACAAGUAUUGAUCUGUGUGUGUGUGUAUGUGUGAGAGAGAGAGAGAGAGAGGGAGAGAAUAUGUGUGUGUGUGUGUGUGUG